AUGUCUAUGAUACAGACAGCCAAGAUGCGAAAGGACAGGAUGGAUGAAUAUCAGCCAUUGCUGGUUAAAGAUGUCAAAGUUACUUUGCCUAGAAGGCUUCCGAACAGAUCCCUGCUGAUGGCUGCUGGUGCUGCUUGUAUUGGUGGGACGUUUCAGUACGGAUACAACAUUUCUGUCAUCAAUGCACCAACCAUGUAUGUCCAAAGGUUUAUAAAUGAAACAUGGACAGAGCGGUACAAUACCAACAUCUCAGGAGACGUCCUCACGCUGCUGUGGUCGACAAUUGUGUCUAUCUUCACCCUGGGCGGACUGGUGGGAGCUUCUCUGGGUGGGACUCUGUCUGUAAAGCUGGGCAGGAAAGGAACACUACUGACUAACAAUGCAUUCUCAUUGAUUGCCGGUUUAUUAAUGGGCAUUAGUCGUUCCACCGGUUUCUUUGAGUUGCUCAUAAUUGGACGCUUUUUUAGUGGUUUGAAUGCAGGCAUUGCUAUCUGUGUUCAACCACUGUACUUGGGGGAAAUGGCUCCUACUGCACUCCGUGGAGCAAUGGGAAUGGGAACCUCCAUUUUCAUUACUGGAGGGAUUCUCACCGGACAAGUCAUGGGUCUGAGAGAAUUCCUUGGUGGAGAGGAGCAAUGGCCUCUCCUGCUCUCUACCACUUGCAUACCAGCCAUAGUUCAGCUCAUCAUCCUUCCUUUCUUUCCUGAAAGCCCCCGCUAUCUUUUGAUCGACAAAGGAGACACUGAGGGCUGUAAGAAAGCAUUAUGGCAGCUACAUGGAGAGAGAUUCUGUGAGGCAGAGCUGGAUGACAUUCAGAAGGAGAAGCUCAAUUUAGUAGGAGUUCAGGCAAAGAAACCCUGGGAGCUUUUCUCCGACCGCAGCAUGCGCUGGCAGCUUCUCACCAUCAUUCUGCUCAAUGCAGCUCAGCAGCUCAACGGCAUCAAUGCUAUAUACUUUUAUGCAGAUUAUGUGUUCAGACAGUCUGGCAUCCCGGAGGAUCAGAUACGAUAUGUGACAGUUGGGACUGGAGCUUGUGAAUGUCUCACUGCUUUGACCUGUGGAAUGCUUAUCGAAUGUUUGGGAAGAAAAGUGCUCAUCAUGGGAGGAUACAGUCUGAUGAGCAUCUUCUGCAUUUUGUUCACGCUCACACUCACUUUUCAAGAGGCCAGUCCGGUGGUUCCAUACUUGAGUAUGGCUUGUGUAUUUGCAUUUAUCCUCAGUUUUGGUCUCGGUCCAGGUGGCGUGACCAACAUCCUCACCACUGAGUUAUUCACACAAGCGACUCGUCCAGCAGCGUACAUCAUUGCAGGGAGUGUGAACUGGAGUAGCUUUUUCUUGAUUGGCCUUCUUUUCCCGUUCAUUGUGAUUGGACUGCAGCAGUAUUGUUUCCUUGUCUUUCUUGUGGUCUCCACUGCGGUUGUCACAUACAUUUUCUUUGUAGUUCCUGAGACCAAGAACAAAACAUUCCUUGAAAUUCAGAAUGAAUUUCAGUCAUCAAAAAAGGAGGAGAGCGAACGCAGGCGUGCGUACCACGCCGCUACAGCGCCCCGUCCGGACUCCUCUCAGGACGAGGAGUCUGUGAUUGACUGGGCCCCACUCGACCUUCCACCCGUGCCCGCGGAGUGGGGUGACUGUGAGGACGGAGAGAUCUCGGAGGUCGGCUCUCUCCUCACGCUGGACGAGGUGGUGUCGAACCCGGAGCCGGACCGCUUCCCGCUGGACCACAUGCCUGGGCUCUACUCCACUGCGGCGGCCAUCAUGGAUGCCCCCCUGCCACCGCAACCGACCCAGAAGGUGGAGGACUUCACCUCGGGUUACGAGGAGGAGGACACAGCUCACGUUGUGCCCGCGGAUGGACCCGAUCGUCCAUUACACGACACGUGA